AUGAAUAUGUAUAUAGGACCUACACCAACACAAUCCAAAAAGACAAAGUCUAAAGCACCUUCAUCAGCAUCCAAUCAAUCGGAGGAUCAGCUCUCUCAAGACAUGUUGGGUAUGGGAUUGGAGGAUGUGGCGAAAAAGGCAGCACAGGCACGUUUGAAGGUCUCAUCAGCUACGAGCACGCCCGCUGGUACACCACCUGAUACACCACGAUCGGCUUCACCACUCGCAAAGAUACCUGCAUCUAAACGGGUGAAUGUCAUGGAAGAGUAUGCCAAACGUUCAGGAGAAAAACCAAAGUUGAACCUUGUUGUCAUUGGUCAUGUGGAUGCUGGCAAAUCAACCUUGAUGGGGCACUUGCUAUAUGAAAUCGGCCAUGUGAAUGAUCGCACCAUGAAGAAAUACGAGCGUGAUUCACAAAAGAUCGGCAAAGGUUCAUUUGCGUAUGCGUGGGUUCUUGAUGAAACAGGCGAGGAAAGAGAUCGUGGCAUUACCAUGGAUAUUGCUACCAACAACUUUGAGACCGACCAUCGUAGCUUUACGUUGCUUGAUGCUCCUGGACAUCGUGAUUUUAUUCCAAACAUGAUUUCUGGUACUGCCCAGGCUGAUGCUGCAGUAUUGGUGGUUGAUGCAAGCACUGGUGGAUUUGAAUCAGGAUUCGAGGCCAAUGGACAAACAAAGGAGCACGCGCUUUUGGCACGUAGUUUGGGUGUUCAACAAAUGAUCAUUGCAGUCAACAAGCUUGAUACGCUCGAUUGGGAUCAAGGACGUUUUGACAGCAUUGUUGAGAAGCUCAAUCUAUUCUUGGUGCAGGCUGGUUACCGCAAAUCCAACUUGACGUAUAUUCCUGUUUCUGGAUUGACGGGUGAGAACCUGAUCAAAAAGAGCGACCUUGUGAAUUGGUAUAGUGGCCCAUCCUUGCUCGAGUUGAUUGAUGCAUUCGAGCCUCCUGUGCGUGCCUUGGAUAAGCCAUUGAGAAUGGGAGUGACCGAUUUCUUCAAGGGUGGUAUUGGCAGCAGUGGAGGAGUCUCUGUGGGUGGAUCCAUUGACGCUGGUCACGUGCAAGUGGGUGAACAAGUGAUGGUGGUACCAGGCGGAGAGAUUGGCAUUGUCAAAGCUAUGCAAGUUAAUGAUGAGACAUCCACGUGGGCCGCAGCAGGUGAUUCUGUAUUGAUGACACUUUCCGGUUUGGAUAUCAUGAACCUAAGCAAUGGCUGUGUGAUUUGCAAUCCACAAUUCCCGGUUCCAGUCACUUCAACCUUUACAGCACAAAUCGUUGUCUUUGAUAUCAAAAUUCCCAUCACAGCCGGUUUCCCUGUGGUACUUCAUCAGCAAAGCCUCGACGAACCAGCAUCCAUCAUCAAGUUAUUGUGCACUCUGGAUAAAUCUACAGGGGAGGUUACCAAGCGUAAUCCACGACAUUUGGGAAAAGGCAUGACAGCCAAAGUCAAAAUCCAAUUAUCCAACCGAGCAAUUCCAUUAGAAACAUUCAAACAAAACAAACAACUUGGACGUAUCAUGCUCCGAAGAGGGGGUGAAACCAUUGCUGCUGGUGUCGUGGAUGAGAUCUUGACAUUUGGAUCCUAA